GGUGUCUCCACAGCGACUGAGUCGAGCUGUUUGAGUCACAUGGCCUCGGGUUUCUAUUGAGAGCAGUAAGAAGAGGCUUGAAGCUCAAUCUUUAGUGCAUGUUUUGGAAGCCAAUGGCAGCAGCAUGAGUGGAGCCCAACUGGACGGAGCAAUGACGGCAGACAGCCUCCAUCUGAACGAGACGGCAGCUCUGGGGCUACAUGACCAGGAGAUCAACACAGCUCUGUUUGAGUUCAAAGUGUUUAACAUUGUCCUCAUCACCCUGGCCUUGUGUGUUCUCACUGUCACUGGCCUGUACUGCAUCACUGUCUGCUACAACCGCACCAGGCAGUCAAAGAGAGCCCAUGUGUAUGAGAGUGCAGUGACCCGAGGCGAGGCGGCUGACCCCGUGGCUGUCAAAGCAGUGAAGCGCUCCACCAGCUUCAUCAACCCUCUUGCCUUCUUCAGGAAACCUGAGGCAGCAAAGGACAAUUCCAGGAUCUACUACAUCUACAGCAACCCGCUGCCUGUAGGACUGAAGGAGGAAGAGGAGGAGGGGGGGACUAAAACCCUGCAGGGACCAGCGGAGGGGCAAACUGCACUGACACUGCCAUUGUCGUUUCAAGAGUACGCCAACGAUCCCAACAGCGGUGUCACCUUGGAUCCUCCGAUUUUUUACAUGCAGCUUUAGAGGGUGGAGAGUUAUGGUGUGGGGGUGGGGGGACUGUUAUGAACUGGAUAAGCGAGACACUAGAAUCUGAAAGGUCUGAAGCUGGACCCCUGAGACCGUGUCUGUCAAAGGUUGUUACAAUGUACAGGCCAUUAAAGGGACACUCAACAUUCUCACUGCAACCUCAUCACAUAUUGACAUUUAUGUCAAGUUCUACCUGUUACAUACAUUGUCCUCUUUCAAAACAGACU